UACAGAUAGAUGUAUAGAUAGAUGGAAAGAUCAUUCUAUAGCGAUAUCACUACCACGUAUAAACAUGCAUAUUCAUGUAUAGCCAUGUGUCAGUAGCCGUGUGUAGCCAUGUAUUGUCAGCUAUAGCCAUGUUUUGCCAUCUAUAGCCAUAUAUAGCUAUAUAUAGCGAGGUGUAGCCAUUUAUAGCCAUGUAUUGCCAUGUAUUGCUAUGUAUAGCUGUGUUUAGCCAUGUGUAGGCAUCAAUUGCAUUUAGCUGUUAUUAACAUAGCUUAGUCAUCUGUGUGGAAGAAUCAUCACUGAGCUCGUGAGUACAGACCGAACGCAGUGAGGUCUUUACACACGACCGAGGUAUAGAUUCUCUCAUACAGACUGAGUAAGCUCAGUUAAUAAAAUGUCUAUUAUAUGGCAUGCCCACACACGGCUAUACAUUGCUAUACAUGGCAAAACAUGGAAAUACAUGGCUAGACAUGACAAUAUAUACAUGGCUACACUUGGCUACACACGGCUAUACAUGGCUACACACGGCUAUACAUGGCAAUACAUGGCUACACACGGCUAUACAUGGCUAUACAGGGCUACACACGGCUAUACAUGGCUAUACAUGGCAACACACGGCUAUACAUGGCUAUACAUAGCAACACACGGCUAUACAUGGCUACACAUGGCUAUACAUGGCUAUAUAUGUCUAAACACGGCUAUACAUGGCUAUACAUGGCUAUACAUAACUAUACACGGCUAUACAUACAUGGCUAUACACCGCAAAACAUGGCCAUACAUGUCUAUACAUGGCUAUACAUGGCUAUACAUGGCUACACACCGCUAUACAUGUCUAUACACGGCUAUACAUGGCUAUACACCGCUAUAUAUGGCUAUACACGGCUAUACAUGGUUAUACGCGGCUAUACGCGGCUAUACGCGGCUAUACGCGGCUAUACAUAGCUAUACAUGGCCAUACAUGGCCAUACAUGGGUAUACACGGCUAUACAUGGCUAUACACGGCUACACAUGUCUUAGCCUGCGAACGCAGACGUAUUUCCGGCUGUCACUUGGUUCCGCCUAAAAAAAACGUCUGAGAACCC